AUGAUUGUCGCUCACGCUCCAAAAACUUAUUUCGGUUCAGGAGAUAUACAAAAAUCAUUGGGUUCUCUUCCUGGAUUUCCAUGGGCGAAAUAUCCCGGAGAAAAACAUCUCCCAGGGCACAAUUACACUGGUCCAGGCACUAGGUUAGAUCUACGAUUAGACGAAAACGAUAAACCCAAACCAGGCGAAGAACCAGUCAAUAGAGUUGACGCCGCUGCGCUUAAACAUGAUAUUUUAUACAGAAACAAAGACAUAAACUUCAGACACGAAGCAGACAAACAAAUGAUAAUAGAACUUGAAAAUAUUCCAAAUCCAACUUUCAAAGAGAGAAUGGAAAGAGCAUUAAUCAUUAAACUGUUAAAAGCAAAGAUGAAAUUAGAAAGUAAAAAACCUAACACUACAGCGUGGAUAAAUAAAGCAAAACCUUACUUUGUGGAUCAAAUCGGAGACACUCCUCAAGGUGAUUUAGAUAUGAACAAUUUUAGCAUAACUAAUUUAAAGUCUCCAGAAAACGAUAAUGAUGCCAUUCACAAGAAAUAUUUAAUGGAACAAUUAAAUUUAAUUGAAGUAAAUAAAGACCAUUUAAAAGAAAGAAUAAAUGAUGUGAAAAUAUUUUUCAAACGACAAAUGAAUAAUAAAGAUUUUAUUGAUGAUACUAAAUUACAACAAGAAGUAACAAGUUUAAAAAGUUUUAUUGAAGAACAAUUAGUCAACGUAACGAAUAAAACUGAGUUAAUUUCAUUAAUAUCUAAAUUAGAGGAUAAGAUUGCAAAACAAAAAUUAGACAUUCAACAAUUGAUAGAUAACAUUCCAGAUGAAGAUACGUUUCAACAGGAAUUAAAUGCUCUGGAAACUAAACUUAACAGUGAAUUACAAAAAGAACUAAGAAAUAUUAAACAACAGAUACAAAACAUAGAUGAUAGCGAAAUCAAAACCUAUAUUCAACAACAAAUACAAAAUAUAGAUGAUAGCGAAAUCAAAACCUAUAUUCAUCAACAAAUACAGAACAUUGAUGAUAGUGUUAUUCAACAACAGAUAACCACUAUUAAUAACCUAGUUUUGAAACAGGAGAAAAAUAUAACCGCAUUAGAAAAGCAUUUCAAACAAGAAAAUAAAUCAUAUUAUUUUACUCUUCCAUUUGGAAGUUUGACACAAAACGAUGCUUCUAUUACUGAUUAUGAUGAAAGAACAAAAGAGUGUGAAAAAAAUAUGGAAUCACAAUAA